AUGUCAGAUAGCGAGUCAUUUUCUGAGCGUAAGCCAAACACGUUCGGUGAAGAGUCAUCGAAGGGUCUCUUUGACUCCGACAGUGAAGCAACAGACCCCGAUGCCGGGGACGGAAGUGAUACCGAUGUUGAAAUACUCGGUGAAGGGCCCAGCUCCGUUCCUACACACGGCAUCGGGAAUGGGUUAAUGACUGCACCGGUACCGUUGGCUAUUGUCUAUAGCGACGGUCGCCACGUUGGUCAAGCCCUGCCUGGGGAGGCGAGCGUCAGUCGCCAGUCAGAGGCCUCCACUUCCGGCCGUGGAGAGUCAGCUGCCGAACCAUCUCCUCGGCCGAGGGUUUCGGUAGUCUAUCCCAGCAAUCCUAGGGUGCCGAUGGGAGUUCCGAAAGAGCUCGUUUUCGACGUAGAUUACUUGGAGCCCAACAGGAUUAUCGAGAGGGAGAUCGCGAAAUUCCGUGCUGAGUAUUUCAUACCAGAAUCUCUAAGCAAGUCAAAGGAUGGCGAAAUCGUCUUUUUCACGGACGUACUUCUGCAAGGAGUGAGGCUUCCUCUGCAGCCUGUCGUUCAGAGAAUCUUGGCACAGAUAGGCUAUGCUCCCGGCCAGUUCAACCCCAACUUCUGGGUAGCGUUAAUGGGAGUAGUCACGGCCUUUGGCAUGGCUGGCGAGGGAGCGCCUUCGUACGAACAGUUCUCCCAUCUGUACAGCGUUACGAAGUCAAAGUCUGCCGACUACGGGGGUUGGGUUCAGGCUAUCUGCCUGAAGGCUACCGAGCGCGGCCAUUUUGUUAGUGUCGUGCCAACCUCCCAGAAGACGUGGAGGAAACGGCGGGUGCUUCUGUUCGGUGAUUGGGAGUCGCCCUCGGGACAUCCCAUCCGUUUCCACAUUCCCACUACUUUCCAAAUAGCCGGUAGGCCAUCGUACCGUUCGUCGAGCGCCUCACAAGCGGAGAUCCGGCAGAUCGAGAGGGUAAGGCUGAAAGUCCCUGCCGUGGAGAGAAUUUACCCGAAGUUCCUCUUCACCACCAAUCUCAUCAAGGCUCAACUUGUCAACCCUGCUGAGAUGACGGAAGAGAGGAAGGCUACCGAAGCGAAGAGGAUGAACGAGUCCUCCAAGCGGCACCUGAUGCUCAGCGUCCAGGGGAAGAAGAAAAAAGGGCGGCAGCCGGAAACGGUACCUGCAUCAUCGAGAGGAGUCGACCCCGAGGACCUAACCCUCAACGAGUGCCGUCGUCAGAUGAAAGCUGAAUCAGCGCCUGCCAAAGCGACGGCGGCCGGUCCAUCUCCCAACCGAGGUGUGCCUACCGAGGGUACCUCCUUAAAAGCUGCCGGUAAAAGGCCAUUCACGGUCGAUCUGGAGGCUGAUCUCGCUCCAAAGCGAGGGCGACAGGCCGAGCUUGCUCGGGCCAUCUUCGCUGUUGAGGACGAAGAGGUGCCUGCCAAAGCUGUCACUCUGGCCUGUCCUUCGAAAACGGUCUAG